CCGCCUGCCCGCGGGGGCCCUGGUUCCGGUGGCGAGGCGGCGGGCGGCGAUGCUGCCCGGCGGCGAGGCGGAGGCGGGGGCGGACGGGGCGGUGCGGCGGCUGCUGCGGGCCGGGGCGGCGGCCAGGUACAAAGCGAUGAGGAACUGGGGCGUUAUCGGCGGGGUGGCGGCGGCGCUGGCGGCGGGGAUGUACGUGCUGUGGGGUCCCAUCACCGAGAGGAAGCGGCGGAGGAAAGGGCUUGUACCUGGCCUCCUGAACUUAGGCAACACCUGUUUCAUGAACUCCUUGCUGCAAGGCUUAUCCUCCUGUCCGUCUUUCAUCAAGUGGCUGGAGGAAUUUACAGCACAAUAUAAGACAGACCCGAACCAGCCCACGGAGCAGCAAUACUUGUCCCUGACUUUGCUGCAUCUCCUAAAAGCUUUAUCCUGCCAAGAGGUGACAGAAGAUGACGUCCUGGAUGCAAGCUGCCUGUUAGAAGUUCUAAGGACAUACAGGUGGCAGAUCUCAUCGUUUGAAGAGCAGGAUGCUCAUGAACUGUUUCAUGUCCUUACCUCUUCAUUAGAAGACGAACGAGAUCGUCAGCCUCGUGUGACACAUUUGUUCGAUGUGCACUCGCUGGAGCAGCCAGAAAUAACCCAAAAGCAAAUAAGCUGCAGAACAAGAGGGUCUCUUCCCCCUGUGUCAAAUCACUGGAAAUCUCAGCAUCCUUUUCACGGAAGGCUGACCAGCAACAUGGUUUGCAAACACUGUGAACACCAGAGUCCUGUGAGGUAUGAUACCUUUGACAGUCUCUCACUGAGUAUUCCAGCAGCUGUGUGGGGUCGUCCUAUGACACUAGACCACUGCCUCCAUCAUUUCAUCUCCUCUGAAUCUGUAAAGGAUGUUGUGUGUGACAACUGCACUAAAAUUCAGGCAGAAGGCACUGUGAAUGGACAGAGCAUAGAAAACCAGAGAACAACAUUUGUUAAGCAGUUAAAAUUAGGAAAGCUCCCUCAGUGUCUUUGCAUCCAUCUGCAAAGACUGAGCUGGUCAAACCAAGGCACUCCUCUGAAACGUCAUGAACAUGUACAGUUCAAUGAGUUCCUGAUCAUGGACAUCUACAAAUACCGCAUUCCUGUUCAUAAAUCAAGACAGAAGGAGCUGAAUCAGAAAAACUCUGAAGAGACAACACCUGGAACAAAGGAUGGGAUAGCAGUAAAACCUUCAGACGCAGAACGGCCAUCUGGUACUAAACCGCUCUUCAUGAAUGGUGCCUGCUCGUCUUCAUUUUUAAUGUCCUCAGGGACUUUUCCACUUGCUGUAUUCCCUGAAAGCAGUUCCCCUGUAUACCUUUACCGUCUGAUGGCAGUUGUAGUUCAUCAUGGAGACAUGCAUUCUGGACACUUUGUGACUUACCGCCGCUCUCCACCUUCUCCUAAGAACUCACACUCUGUCAGCAGCCAGUGGCUAUGGAUUUCAGAUGAUACCGUUCGCAAAGCCAGCUUGCAGGAAGUCCUUUCUUCUAGUGCUUACUUGCUUUUUUAUGAGCGUGUUCCCUCGAGAGUACAGCACCAAAGCUUGGAAUUGAGGGCUGAAGAGUGAUUACAAGAGCAGGACAAAAAGUGACAAAAUUCCUCUGAGAUCUACAUUGCACCUCCUGUCUGUUAUGCAAAUAACCCACCACAGGCCCUUUAACUUCCCCCCCAAUCCAUGGCAACAGCUGGCUCCUGCUGGGAGUUGUGUUUUGUACCAAAAUUAUGCUACCCAAAGUUGGUCUGCUAACAUUGUGCAGUCCAAAGUAUCUGUAUUAGAGAAGCAUUUAUUCUGUUAGGUAGUAAUUUUGUCAAGAUCACAGCUCUGAAACAGACGUUUCAGACAGACUUCCCAAGGCUGUAUUCUGUAUUCUGACAUAUAUGUAAAUUUUCAAAGGGAGAUGCUUAAUGCUGUAUGUUUCACUGCAGACGUUUCUGAGCAGGGGAGCCCCAGAAGCUACUGUUAUCAAAGGCAAUGAUUUAAGAAACAAAGUGCCUUGAGCUUAUUUGAAUAGUAACAUUACCAUUGUCUGAGUCCACUGCAUGUCCAUUGCAUUCUGAUAUGUGUCUCAGGAUGAUGGGAUGAACUACUAACAGAAUCAGAUCUCUCUUGAUAUCCCAGCUAAUCAAUAAAGGAAGGCAUCUCUACAUAACAAGCACAAUCCAAAAAAUUACUUCCCUGUUCACGUCAUUUUCCUAAUACUUUAGUUCUUUGUACAUCAUAGAAAUACUUCUGCUGAUUCAAAGAGCAGUUUCCUUUUUCCAGGAGAAAAGAUACUUUUUUUUUUUUUAAUCUAUUAAGAGCCAAGACCCUGAUUUAUUGCUUCUUAUCUUUGGAAUAUAGCUGAAACCAAGAGACAGAAGCGUUUGCUAGCAAUCAGUGUUGUAAUUUCCUUCGUCACUAUGAAACUGUUGAAUAUGGUUGCUUGUAGUAUCGAGUACAACUUUUAAUGCUGUGAUUUCAAGGCUACUGUAAUUGGGGUUCUAGACUUGCCCUUCCUGUUCUAAUGCUGAAAACCGCCAUUUCUCACCAACCAUUCAGACACAUGCUGUUGGGCUUGCAACUGAGCUUUAGAGCUUGUACCCAUUCCGGUUGUGAGCCGAGGUGUAUAGCAACCCAAGCAUCCUUGUGAAGUUAGAGUAUACUCGAUCGCAUCAUGACUGGUGGGCACUUCCUUGUCUGGUGAAGUAGUAUGGCAGGCUGAAGAGAUCGGUGUUGCUGCAUUAGAUACACAGAUUGCCAUAAAACAGAAGUAAGGUGUACUUUGCUGCUCUAGAUUGUUUGAUGUGUUAAAAAAAUUCCAAGCAAAGGGAGGGAGAAUCAGCAAAAAUUAUCCUUUUGACUGCUUUUAAAUUACCAGGAAUAAAAUAUGUAGGCUAUUUUUAGCUCUUUUCUAUCCUUGUAAGCUUGGAGGAAAAAAAGACUAAUUCAUCAGACAAGCUUUUUCAGUGUAAAACAGCACAAGUUUUCAAAUGGUAACAAUGGUCUUAAUAGGUUUUUAGGGCAACUUUGUACCUCAUCUAUUCAUAUUGCUGCCCAAAGCUCAUAGGCAUUCAGAGUUCCUUAAUGGGAUGCUUAAAGCCAGCCAAAAUAGGCGUGGUAAUAGAUGUAUAUGAAAAUAUAUUUACAGAACUUGUCAUUCCAGAGUAUGGCUCACAAUAUCUGCUCCAAGUACUGCACAUAGUACAUAACAUAGUAUUUAUAAAUCCACUGGCAUAGUAGUUCCUGAAAAGUCUCCCCAUCUGUCAAGAAAAACAAAACCUAGAAAGUUGCAGAAUGCCAAAAACGCCCUAGCCAUUGAAUUAAGACCUAAUGGACUUGCAGAAGCUAAGAGAAGAAAGCCCUCUGUUCUGGGCAGCAUGGGUGUGCAGUAGCUCUGUAAAGCAGUGCUGGGUGUCACCUAAGGAAAACAUCAUACAAAGCAUCCAGCUCCAGCCCGUCUACCGUUUGUAACUCCAAACUUCAAAACAUUUCCACUGCCAGCAGUGUAUAUUCUGCAACACCUGUUCUCAACAGGGCCUGUUUUAGAGUUUUUAACUCGAGUUUUUGUGAAGUUCAUCUGAGCAGGUCACUGUUUAGAAAGCAGUUAUGCUGGGUCAGGACAUACGCACACAAUGGACAAAAUCUUGAACUCAUCAGCUUGUAACAGUGACAUAAACGCACAUAUUACUGCAAGCUUGCAUGGUCAAUGUAUUUUUCUUUUCCCUUUGCAUAAAGCUGCUUUCCAACAGGGGCCAGUUUGAUGAGAAUGAUUUGAACGCUGAGAAACUGCUCGGUUUCACUCAGCUGCAAAUUUACUCUGAAAGCUUCCUCAAGGGCUAUAAAGAUGAGGGUUGCAUAGUCAGCAUGUCUUCUAGCUUUCAUUGUUAGGAAGGAGUAGAUGGUCUUGGCUUAGCCCUCAGUGCAAGAAAGGAAGCAAGUUUCAGCACCUCGGACCUGGUCCUAAGCUGUGCUUGAUACUCCCAGCCUACUGUGAGCAUCAAAGACCUCUGCAGGUGUUUGUCACCCAACCCUCACCUUUUCAGGUCAUAGGGCUCUGUGCAGGCACAUGAGGCUCAUCAAAUGCUGUGACUUGUAGAGAAGGUGUUAAUAAAAAGUAAAAGGUUAAAAAACAUCAGAUAAGACCUCCAAGAUGACACCUCUGUGUUUGGAUUAUUCUUGUCUUAUUUUGUGCGUUAUUUAAAAAUGUAUGAUAUUCUAGUCAAACCACUGCACUGCUGUUUGAAGUUGCAUUUUCACUUCAGGGUAUUUUUGUAACUGUACAGUAGCAAUAAAAGAACAAACUUAUUAGAAAAA